CCGUACCUGCUGACACCUGAGAGCACCUGAGAGUAGGAGGAGUGUGUGUGUGUGUGUGUGUGUGUGUGUGUGUGUGUGUGUGUGUGUGUGUGUGUGUGUGUGUGUGUGUCAGUUCUGGAUGCAGAGGAUCAGCAUGGCGGCUCACGGCUGCAGGAGGACCGGACUUCUCAGGACCCUCCUGACCCGCAGCGGGACUCCGGGACCGGGCCACAGCAGCACGGUACCGGGACACCGCCGCUGCCUGUUCUCCGUUGCUGACCCUGCGCCGCUUCCUCCACCGGGCACCUGGAGCUCCCGGCUGUCCCGGCUCUCACACCGGGACCUGUAUCGGAUCUCUGUGACCGACCCGGAUCAGUUCUGGGGCUCCGCCGCGGCGGACAGGCUCCGCUGGGUGGAACCGUUUCAUCGGGUCCGGGACUGCGAGCUCAGCAGCGGGAGGAUCAGCUGGUUCCUGGGAGGGAAGAUCAACGUGUCCGUGAACUGUCUGGACGUCCACGUGGAGAAACAUCCUGAGCGAGUGGCUCUGAUCUGGGAGCGAGACGAGCCGGGCACUGAGGUGAAGGUCACCUACAGGGAGCUGCUGGAGACCACCUGCCGCCUCGCCAACACCCUCAAGAGCCAUGGGAUCCAGAGGGGGGACAGGGUGGCCAUUUACAUGCCGGUGUCACCGCUGGCAGUGGCAGCCAUGAUGGCAUGCGCCCGUAUUGGUGCGGUGCACACAGUGGUGUUUGCUGGGUUCAGCUCGGAGGCUCUGGCAGGGAGGAUCCAGGACGCCCGCUGUAAAGCUGUGGUCACCUGUAACCAAGGUGUGAGGGGCGGACGACUCAUCAACCUCAAGUCCACAGUGGACACAGCAGUGAAGACCUGUCCCACCAUCCAACACGUGUUCGUCUCUCAGAGGACGGACAACCCUGCUGUGAUGGGACAUCUGGACGUCCCCCUGGAGCAGGUGAUGUCCUCUCAGUCCCCCGUCUGUCCCCCGGAGCCGAUGGACAGUGAAGAUCUUUUGUUUCUUCUCUACACAUCAGGAAGUACGGGGAAGCCUAAAGGUGUGGUUCACACACAGGCCGGAUACCUGCUGUACACCUCGCUGACACACCAGUACGUGUUUGACUAUCAGGAUGGCGACGUGUUCGGCUGUGUGGCGGACGUCGGCUGGAUCACGGGACACAGCUACGUGGUGUACGGCCCGCUGUGUAACGGCGCCACCACCGUCCUGUUUGAGAGCACACCUGUUUACCCAGACCCAGGCAGGUACUGGGAGACAGUUCAGCGACUGAGGAUCACUCAGUUUUAUGGAGCUCCGACGGCUCUGCGUCUGUUGCUGAAGUACGACGACAGCUGGGUGAAGAAGUACGACCGCUCGUCUCUGAGGACGCUUGGAUCAGUGGGAGAGCCCAUCAACCACGAGGCCUGGCACUGGUUCCACAGUGUGGUCGGAGACGAACGCUGUCCUCUGGUAGACACCUGGUGGCAGACAGAGACGGGUGGAGUCUGUAUCGCCCCUCGACCUGCAGACGAAGGAGCUCCCAUCAUCCCCGCCAUGGCCAUGAGGCCAUUCUUUGGCAUCCAGCCUGACCUGAUGGGAGAGAAGGGUGAACGUCUGACGGGUAACGGUGUGAGUGGAGCUCUGUGUAUCAGCCAGCCGUGGCCCGGCAUGGCUCGCAGUAUCUACGGAGACCACCAGAGAUUCAUCGAGGCCUACUUCAAACCAUAUCCUGGUUAUUAUUUCACCGGUGACGGAGCGUACCGCUCUGAGGACGGUUACUACCAGAUAACUGGACGCAUGGAUGAUGUCAUCAAUGUCAGCGGUCACCGUCUUGGUACGGCGGAGAUCGAGGACGCUCUGGAUGAACAUCCAGCUGUUCCAGAGACAGCUGUGAUCGGGAUCCCACACGAUAUCAAAGGAGAAGUGCCGUUCGCCUUCGUGGUGUUGAAGGAGGAGUCUGGUGUCGACUCUGCCGUCGUCCUCCGGCAGCUCCGAGAGCUCGUCUCCACAAAGAUCGCCAAGUACGCCAUCCCCGAGCACUUCCUAGUGGUGAAGCGUCUGCCGAAGACUCGCUCCGGGAAGAUCAUGAGGCGGAUCCUCAGGAAGGUCGCCAUGGAGACAUCAGCUGAUCUCGGCGACGUGUCGACUCUGGAUGACCCAUCUGUCGUCAAGGAGAUCGUGGAAGCCCACGAGCAGUACAGGAAGCAGAGAGGAUGAGAGAAGAAGAAGUAGGAGGGACUUCCUGUCACCGUCACCUUAAAGCACAGGCAGGAAGUGGAAGGGGCCCAGCAGGCCUCAGGUACAGGUGUUAUGUUGUUCCUCAGGUACAGGCAAUAUGUUGUCCACCCACAGCAAGAUUCAAGGGAGCACCGACUCACUGUCAACCAAGUGGAAGAUGAAAUUUCCCAGAACACCUUGUGAAGUCAGCAGUUUGUUACUGUCUGAUGGUAAUGUAGGCGAUACAGACAACAGGCGGAGGGACGGGUGUGAACUGGUCAGCAACACAGCGUCAACAUAUUUAAACAAAAUGGAUCAGAACUAGAAGAUGUCGUAGGCGCCUCCUGUUUUCUGCAUUUCUUCUCUGUUGAUUCAUCAGACGAGAGAAUAAUCAGAGCUCACGCCACAACACAAGCGCUGCAGACAGCAUUGUCAUUGCAUCGCUACUACACCUGACGUAUGUCUGCACAUCGGCCACGCCCAUAUGCAUGAAGUCUGUCCCAUUUCUCAGGAAAAGAUCUCUCCCCUAAUAUCUCUCACUUCCCUCAUCAAGGCUCAUCUCACAGACGACGACACUCAACACCAAGAGGAAGACUGAAAUGGGAUCGGGCCUUAGUCCAGGUGAAACAGAGCAGCUGUCACCUGUCGGUCGGUGGGCGGAGCUUCAGGGGAGAUCCAGAUAACGAAGACAUUAACUUCUUUUAGUGUUGGUGUUCCUGGGGUAAAAUCUGUUUUAAUAUUAGAUGAUCGUGUUUCAGACAGUUUGAUUAAAAUAAUAAUCAUCAUAUUUUAAUGUUUGAAUCUGAGUUUAAAAAACACUGCUCACUUUAAUUUAAUUCACAUAUAUUUUUGGAUGAAGCUAAGAAACAUCAGAAUCAACCUCAGCUGCUUUUUAUUCAACAGAUAUUUAUUUUGUGACCACGAGCAUAUCCAUAUAGAUCCAUAUAGAUCCGUUUAGAUCCAUAUAGAUCCGUAUAGAUCCAUAUAGAUCCAUAUAGAUGUGUGUAGACUUGUAGUUUGCAGCUGAGGUCAUUUAUUGACAGUUGAUUGAUCGAUGUGACGCUGUGUGUAUCACAAAUAAAGAUUCACUAACAAUCUG